AUGACUUCCCGCCAGCCGCACCUGCACAUGGAGAUCCGGGUGGGCAUUAAGAAAGUCAAAGAGGCACUGCCAAGACCGGGGCUCCUUGAGAGCCUGGGCCGACGCGGCUUCACUGCCAGGGCAGCGGCACUCGGGGGCCCGCCGUCGGCUUCCGCUGCCCCACAGGCGCCUGGCGGUGGCCAUGGAGGUCCGGCCUGGCCUGGCGGGCGCGCGGCCUGCUUGCCCCUGAGCCCGCCCACGGCGGAAAGGGCGGGCCAGGAGGCGGGCCGAGCCGCGUUCCUCCCGGCGGGCCCCGCGUCGCGAGCGAUGGCGGGCAGCGCCGGCGAGGGCCGGGCCGCUCCGUGCGGCUGGUUCCAGUUCGGCUUCUGCUUCGGGGCGGCGACGGAGGCCGGGCUGGCGCCGGUGGCGCUGGGGGAGGCCGGGCGCAUCCGCCGCGUGAGGCCGAGCUGGAGCUUUGCCGCGAUCCUGGCCACCGGCGCUGCGCCGGGGCGAUUGCUGCAGGGCGCGGCGAGCGCGGCGCUGCCCCCGGACUGCCUGGACGCGCUGCCCUCGGAGACACACGUGCUGCUGCUGCGGGAGGCGGCGCUGGAAGGCUGGCCGCUGCCGGCGGAGGGCGACUGGGCCGGCGUCCUGGACGGGCAGCCAGCCUGGCGCCGGGCGCUGCUGCCGGAGGAGGCGGCCGCUGCAGAUCUGCCCCUGGUGCCUGGCGGGUACGUGGCCCCCCGGCCGCCUUUCUUCACGCCGUUGCCCGCGGCGCUGCAGGCGCGCAAGCUGGCGCUGGGCCACGAGCACGCGGUGCUGCUGAGCUCGGCGGGGACCGUCUUCUCGUGGGGCGGCGGCAGGCACGGGCAGCUUGGCCACGGGGAGCUGGAGAGCAGGGCGGAGCCACUGCUCGUGGACGCCCUGCACGGGGUCGAGGUGGCGGACGUGGCAGCUGGCGGCUGGCAUUCGGCUGGCAUCAGCGAGGCAGGUGACUUGUACAUCUGGGGCUGGAAUGAGUCAGGACAGCUUGCGCUGCCUUCUAAAGCGGUGGCUGAGAGUCAAGCAACCACUGCGGUGGGGGCUGGCAGAGGGGACGUGGCGCUGAACGUGGCACGGUCACAAGGAGCAGCCAACAGCCCCCACAAAGCUGCCUUCAUUUCAAUCCAACCCUUCCCGGCUUUGCUGGACAUGCCUUGUGAAGCAGCAGUCAGCAAGGUCAGCUGUGGAUCACGGCACACCGCUGCUGUGACAAGCACUGGUGACCUCUACACCUGGGGCUGGGGUAAAUAUGGUCAGUUGGGACACCGGGACACAGCCAGCUCUGACCAGCCAAGGAGGGUUUGCUACUUUGUAGACUGGAAGCUUUGCGUGGUUGAUGUGGUCUGUGGGCCAUGGACCACUUACACUCAUGCUGUGGGCCGAUGACAGCUGGGAGGAUAGCAGCGGACUGGGAGCCCUUGUUCCGAGGUGGUCUGAACAGGAGGCCCACUUUCUCUUCCUUGAGGGCCUCCCCGCACCCUCAUUUCCGAAGACAGCACCCACCUCUGCCUCUUUGCACUGAAGCCAGUUCUCCUUGCGUGCCGCCGGUGGCUCCAGCUAUCCGUGGCUUUGUCUCAGGGACCCCCUUUCAACCACAUGAAGAGAGUUGUUCAGCUUAAAAAGAGAGCUAAAAAGGCACCGGGGAAAACAGGGGCAUUAAGAAAGGUGCUGUCAUUAUCCCAUUGCCCCUGCAGUCAGGAUACACUCCAGCCUCAUGGGCAGCUGGAAAAUGGAUCACGCGUUGUCACUGUUGUUUUAAAUUCAAUGUAUUUUAUUUUUCAUUCAGUUGAUUUUGUUUUGGAAAACUAAUAAAAUCAUAUAAUUUUUUUUAAAAAAGAAAAGAAUGGAGGGCUGAUCCAUGAAGCAAAGCAACUGCGCCCACUUGACCAGGCCCAGGAAAAGUGGGGGGGGGGGGGGCUGGAGCAAGAAACCCCACUCUCACAUACACACAAGCCCGCAAUCCGAAUACAAUUGAUGAUUCCAUAUACAGAAUAGCUCUCCUAAAAUAAAUAACAAGACUGUAGUGAAAACAAGAUCGCUGAAAGUGUGGAGUUGUGCUUAGGGGCUGUUUGGAUUUCGUCUCUAGGUGAAGAACAUUGAUCUAACAGGUACAGAUGGCAACGUCCACUCUCAACCCCAGGAGAAACGGAGGGGGGCACUUUGCUGUCCUCUCUUCCUGUGGAGCAGCCAUGGAAGAUCCCAGCAGGGUCUUCCUGGAGGCCCCUGAGCCUGUUCUCAUCACUUGCCACAAGCAGAGGGAAGAGCUGCCUGCUGAGCUUCUCCACACCAACCUGUUGCUGUUAGAAAUCACCACAGAGAACAAGAGAGCGGCCAACAAAGGA